AGUUUCAGGUCUUCGUUUAACUUGCUCAUCACCCUUUGGCCCACUCCCCCCUUUCACUUUCUCUUAUAAAUCCCUCCUCCUCUUCUCCUUCUCAUGCCCAAAUGGACCACUCUCUCACUCCUCCUCUUCGCCAAAAAUCGCUCUCUUCUUCUGAGGAAAGUGGCUGGACUUCUUACCUGCAAGAUUUCUCCAACGAUUCCUGCUUCAGCGUUGGCGGCUCUUCUCUUCUCUCUGAUGCUGCUUCUUCUGCCGCUUGCAAAUUCUCUCACCCCCAUCAUCUUCCUCACAAGCUUACCUUCAAGAAAACCAGAACCAAACAGAUUUCUCAGGAUGACCCUCUCGAGGACACUGCCAGCUCCCCUGUCAAUAGUCCCAAGGUUGGGGACCUGCAACCCACUGAAACGAGCUCCAGAAAGGUUGAUGAUCAAACGGAUGUUGCCGCUUCCAUGGCCAAGGAAUUCAGAGGAGCAGAACAUUAUCCAGAAUCGGAGAUAGAUGAUGAUGAUGAUGAUAAGCAGCCAGGGAAUUUAAAGAAAAAGAGUGCUAUUCACUGCACAGACCUGAAGAAAAGGGGACUCUGCCUGGUUCCUUUGUCCAUGCUGGUUCAUUAUUUUGGCUGACUCAUACUUUCGUCUAUAUAUAUAUAUAUAUAUCCCUUGUCUGCUUUUCUUUUGUGUUCCUCCAACAAGUGGGACUGUAUACAGAUCAUGACCCAUGGUUGUGUCAAUCGAUCGUAGUAACAUACUCAUCAGUGUGAAGCAACCUGUUGAUAACUUUGUGUCCAGAUUUAGAGAUAUAUAAGAUAUCACUCUCUUGAAAAUUUGGAA